AUGUUCAUUAUUGCAUAUGCUCUUUAACUUAAUAUCUAUUUAGGAAAAAUUUAAGAUCCACUUAUCCUACCUAAUAACUCUGGCAUGCUUAUCGAUAUUUUUUAUGAUGUCAUGGAUUCCUUAAAAUCUCGCAGAGGCGAAUAAUUAGAAUUACUUUAUGUCAAUCAAUCUGAUUAAGCUAAUAUUACUUUUGACUUUAUUAGAAAUUUUAAUUAAGAAAAGAGCAUUGUUCUUACCCAAGAUUUAAUUUAACUUGACUACUCUCAUUAUGAUGUAUUUCCUAUGAGUUAUAUAAGCAGUUGUCAAAACCAAUACUUACAGAAAAUUAUAUUUUUAUUUAUCCGAGUCUUGUUGUUACACUAUUCUCAAGAAUUGUCUGGGAACUCUUUUUCAAUUACAUCAUUAUUAUUUUUCCUUGGAUUAUGCUCUAUGCAAAUUUUAUGAUUUUUUUCCUCUCCAAAUAAAAAUAUAGAACCUAUUCCAAAAAAAUCCAGGUCUCCUUACAAAUUCUUGUUGGCAAUCAAGAAACCAAUUAGUAUUUAUCACUUUUACCAAAUUAGAUCUACUUUAAUACUUAAAAUCAUGUUUAUUAUUGUUACAUUUUUAAUAAGCUCCAUCAUUUUUAUUGAUUUCAUUUAUGUUGUUGGUAAUGCUAUUUAAAGGUAAAAUUUUAAUUCUCUUAAUGAUUUGGCCAUGAAUCAAUUUUAAUUAUGUUCCAUUAGAAAUGAUAUAUUUAUAUCAGACAUGAUUCAAAGGUACCGUGAUAUAAGUUUUCAAGAAAAGGACAAUAUCAAACAAUGCAUAGAUGUACAUCAUUUAUAAAUAAAUCAAGAUACUCUUUAAAAAUGAAGAUGCAGUAAUUUUUGUAAGCGAAUUCUAAUACGGCCUCUUUCUCAAGGAAUACCCAGAAUACACAUAUUUAAAAUAUUAGUUAAAGUAUAACUCCUACAGAAGUUAUCAAUUAUUAAUUAAUCAAACUAUUGAUAACAAUAUUAGAAAAGUAAUUAUUCUAUUUAAAAUAGGAUAUCAAUACUUCUAUAGAUUAAUUAUGGUCUUAAAAAUAUGAUCUAGAUGUAAGAAAAAGGUAUCUUGUUCAAUUAGUCUAUGUUAAAUCAGCUGUAGUUUCUUUAAUUUUUACUAACAAAACCUUUCUCACAACAAGCAUAAUGAUUUCAAUUACUUCUAUUCUUUUAAUUUAAAUAUCAAUAGUUCGUAAACAAUGUCGAUUAUGUCGUAAAAAAUUACCAUUCCCAUUCACUUCCCAAAAAACCAAAGUAACUCGUUCAAAAGAAAAUAAAACAAAUAUCAACGAGUCAUAAGUAUUUAUAACAGGGAUUCUAGAAGAAUUAAAGAAUUGA